AUGGCAAUGUGGGCCAACGGCAGCGUGCUCGAGCUCCGCCACGUCGCGACGGACGCGACCGCGACCUUUCUCGUCGAGCGCGAGAAGAGCCAAUUGACCUUUUGCCGACUGGACGCGCCGUACGAGAAGCUCAAGGUGGCACAGACCGGCGACACGUCGUGGGGCGCGGGCGGCGGCAAGUUUGCGUCCUUCACGCCGAUCGCCGCCCCCGACGAAGCGCUCUACACGUUCCAGCUAUGCGCCAAUCAAAAGAAGGCCAAUGCGGCCGGCGGCGAAGGCUGGUACCUUGGCGUCGGUAUCGGUGCGACCGGCGUCGCCCUCGGCCAUAGCCGCGUCCUCAUCGGGCACGCUGCGCCGGAAUUGUUUGCCGUCACGCAGCACGCACGCAAAGCGACGUUGCAGCUUGACGCCUCGUGCGUGACGUCGUCACUGCCGCAGCUCUCGCCGUCGCAGAUCGACUCGUUCAUGCGCGAGGGAUACCUGGUGCUGCCGUCGGCCGUGCCGGUCUCGCUCGUCCACGAGGCGCUGCGACAGAUCAACCACGAGCUCGGGAAGCCGGGCAUGAUGAUCGAGGGUGGCGUCGAAGGCGCUGCAAAGCUCGCAGGCAAUACGUCCAACUCGGCGGCGAUCCGGAACCUCUUCUUUGGGAGCUCUGUCGCCACGUAUGUGGCCAGCCUCGUGGGCGAGAUCGCGCCGCCGCAGGGGGCGCAGAUUGCACUGCGCUUCCCCGAGCUCGGGCCGGCGUACGAGCCAAAGGGCAACGAGUGGCACACGGACGGCAUGCGCCAAGGUAAAUGGAAUCCGUUUUCGCUGCUCGUGGGGAUCGCGCUCUCGGACGUCCAGCAGCCGCAGAGCGGCAACCUCAUCGUCUUUCCAAAGUCGCACCAUGCGCUGCACGGGAUGCUGCAGGAAGGCGGCGUGCUCGCGGGGUGUGCCACGACGUGUACAUCGGUGGACACGGUCUGGGGCGACGGCCACCUCCCGGACCUCGGCCCACCCAUUCAACUGCUCUGCAGCAAAGGCGACGUUGUGCUCUGCCACCCCAAAAUGGCGCACCGGGGUGGCCCCAAUUUGUCGUGCAACAUUCGGUACCAAGUGUACUUUCGCAUCAAGCACGCGCUGCACGACGAUCGCAUGGAGCGGGCCAAGACCGACCUCUUCGCCGACCUUGACGGCUGCCAAAACAACAAAGCGUCAUGA